CUCCUGGUCACGUGAUCUAUCGGCAUGGUCGCGCUCCGCCUUCAACUCCGAUUUCUUUAAUAAACGGAUCCAGUUUGUUUCAGUUAAAAUCGGAAAGUAAUCACCAUCAUUUAUUCCAAAAUUAGUAAACUGACGCUAAAAUGGCAGACGGGAGUAUUGCAUGUGUAAUCAAAAGUCCAAUUGCACUACAGACUGGCGAUGUGAAAACAGACUUGGCAAAACCCGGAGUGUUUGUAAUUGAGGUGACUUUUCCACGGGAAAGGGUCGUUAAUCUUCAGGCAAUUACAUUUAAGAAUUAUUACACCGCUUUCUUAACCGUACGUCUUCAACGACGAGUGCCUGCAGUGUCUGACAGGAGGCUGUUGAAAUGGAAGACCUGCAUCCGGAACAAGUGUCUGAUGCCCGACCCCCACACUGAGAAUGGAUCACAGGAUUACUUUUCCAUCUAUAGAGAUCAGAUGCUGUUUGAACCAGAUGAGGUAACGACAGUGCGCCUGAUCCUGCGGCAGCCAUCUCCAGUUUGGCUGAACUUUACAAUAGAAGACAUCAAAAUGUAUGAGUGUGAUCACGAUAAGGAUAAGGUACAGGGACCAUGGCUUUCUCAGCUCACUCCUCUAGAACAACCUUUGAACUUAAGUGACGGACUACCAGAUCCAGAGGUUGUAGCUUCCAAUGUUCAGCAGAUGUGGGUGUUAACUGAAAUGGUCCGAAACAAUCCAACGACCAACCGCGUCGGACGGUUUGAUGUGGAUGGUUCCUAUAAUGUCAACCUGCUAUCCUACACCUGACUGACUCAUCCUACAGCACUGUUCCUGCUGGGAGGACCAGAGGAUUUAGAGCUCCUUGUUUGUGACUGCAUGCAGGCCUACAUCAAAAGAACUUGAUGUCACUGAUAACAGGAAACUGAAAAGUGAAACAGGAGCUAGUGUUCUACUAUUUGCCUGAGUGGGAUUGCAAUCAGUUCAAACCGUUACAUAUUACCUCUGCUAGUGUUUUAUAUGUACAGAAUUAAUAAAUGUAAUAUACUGUUUUUCAAAAUGUA